AUGGCUACCGUGGCAAUACAACCAUGUUCUUCAUGGACGCGUGGUUCAAUCCCCAUUUCAAAACCCAUCCAACGACGUCGUUUCAGAGCCAGACCAAAACUCACGCGCCUCAAAAUCGUAGCUGCUGUCGUGCAAGCAACGCCUUCAACCACCGUACCUUCGAUCAGAAACGGAACCAACCCUGUCCUGACGCUUCCUUUCAACCGCGCUGAUGAUCUUCAAGCUGAAGCCAGAGCCAUGGGCCGUGCCGUUAAUGCUACUCUCUAUAGUCCCGAACUCUUGGCCUCCAAAUAUGGGUCCCAGCCUAUCAAGGUGGUUCAGAGGGCUCUUGAGAUUGUGACUUCUUUGGGUUCAUUUGGGUUGAAACUGUUUUUCGAGCAGAGGAAUGGGAUGCUUGAAAAGAAUAAACGGGCUCGUGCUGCUGAGUUGAAGACCAUAUUCACACAAUUAGGACCAACUUUUGUGAAGUUGGGUCAAGGAUUGUCCACUAGGCCUGAUAUAUGUCCACCUGAAUAUUUGGAGGAACUCUCUGAGCUUCAGGAUGGUUUGCCUACAUUUCCUGACGAUGAGGCCUUUGCAUGCAUUGAAAGGGAACUAGGAGUAUCCCUUGACUCUAUUUUUUCUUCUAUAUCACCAUCGCCAAUAGCUGCAGCUAGUCUGGGUCAAGUUUAUAAAGCUAGGUUGAAGUACUCGGGUAAACUCGUGGCUAUUAAGGUGCAACGUCCAAGCAUUGAGGAAGCUAUAGGAUUGGACUUCUACUUAAUUAGAGGUCUUGGGUUUUUCAUAAAUAAAUAUGUAGAUAUAAUCACCACUGAUGUUGUUGCUCUUAUUGAUGAAUUUGCACGGAGAGUUUUUCAAGAGCUCAACUAUGUGCAGGAGGGACAAAAUGCAAGGAGGUUCAAAAAAUUGUAUGCCGACAGACCAGAUAUUUGUGUUCCUGAUAUUUUUUGGGAUUAUACAAGUGCUAAAGUACUGGCAAUGGAUUGGGUUGAUGGAGUCAAACUAAGCGAGCAAGAAGCUAUUGAGAGACAAGGAUUGAAUGUCUUGGAUCUUGUGAACACAGGUAUACAAUGCAGCCUCAGGCAACUACUUGAGUAUGGAUAUUUCCAUGCAGAUCCACAUCCUGGGAACCUUUUAGCAACGCCUGAUGGGAGACUUGCUUUUCUCGACUUCGGAAUGAUGAGUGAGACACCGGAAGACGCACGAUCUGCUAUAAUUGGUCAUGUUGUUCACUUGGUUAACCGAGAUUACGAAGCCAUGGCUCGUGAUUACUAUGCUCUUGAUUUCCUUUCACCUGAUGUCGAUGUUUCUCCAAUUGUGCCAGCACUUAGAGACUUUUUUGAUGACGCACUUAAUUAUACCGUGAGUGAGCUUAACUUCAAGACACUAGUGGAUGGUCUUGGGAAUGUUCUGUAUCAAUUUCCGUUUAAUGUCCCAGCUUACUAUGCUCUCAUAUUGAGGUCUCUCACUGUUUUAGAAGGUUUAGCACUUAAUGCUGAUCCCAACUUUAAGGUGCUUGCAGCGUCAUACCCGUAUUUUGCUAAGCGGCUCUUAACAGAUCCAAAUCCAUAUCUAAGAGAUGCUCUUAUUGAGUUGCUUUUCAAAGAUGAGAAGUUUAGGUGGAGUAGACUCGAAGACUUGCUAAUCCAAGGUAGAAUGGACAAUGAUUUCUCUGCUAAAGAGGCCCUACAACCUGUUCUAAAGGUACUAUUGAGUCCCGACGGUGAAGUUAUCAGGGCUCUUGUUAUCAAAGAGGCUGUUCGCGUAUCAGAAGCUUUUACUCUCAGUUCAAUUUCUGAUACAUACAAGUCAGUUCCGGAUUUCAUGAGGACUCUAGUUUUCAAUGGCAAUGCAAAUGGUCCCCUUAUGAUGUCAGAAUCUGAAAUGCAAAGCAUGAUAGAACUUAGGAAUCAAGUCGUCAGGAUUUGGGGACUUCUUCAAUCCUCUAACGAUUUCGAUCCAGCUCUUCUGCUGCCUAUAUUCCAGAUCCUUCAGCAACCCGAGGUACGGAGACUUGGGGGAGGCGUUAUGGAUGGAAUCACGCAACGUUUCCUAGCACGCUUUCUGCAGCAAGUACUUCGAGUUCCAGCAACAGCUUCUGCAUAG